GUCAUCGCUCCCACACCACAUGAUGCGUGAUGCGCGCGUGUGAACUGUAAACUAGCCUGUGUAAACCAUGCUGUGUGUACAUGUUUUGUCUGCUAGCUUGGCACGGUAAUUAUGAAAGAUACCCUGCGACAAUUAUGGUUACUUACGUGCGUCUCUAAAAUCUUUAAGCGGAAUGUAAAACUAAGGUUGAUGGCAUUCAAGUCACACCAUGGACUCGCUGCCGAAACUGCUACCGGUGUGGCCCAACGCUACAGAACAUGCUUUAGCUGAUCUCGUUGAUUUCAGCGUCGACGCAAGAUAUCAACCAGACUUUGGGGGUGCUGGAGUCGAUAUCACAACAGAUGGCGACGGACUCUCGCAUUUCUUGACCUUGAAAUGCCACGAUUCUCGACGGAACAAGCUGUCCGCACAGUAUUUGACGCUGCCUCUGUCAGUUCCUAACAAGAUUUCGACCGCGGUAGAACCGUGCUUACAAUAUCAGCUUGAUCUAAAUAAAAGAAUACGUAUGUUCGAGUCAACGAUCGGCAUUUACCGUGGUUUUGUCAAGCGCAAGGGUCCCUUUGCAAGUGCUGUUCAAGGCAUUGCGGACGUCCUAAUGUCAAAGAAACCUCGCACAGGGCUGAGAAACAUGAAAAUUCAUCAGAGCCUACUAGAGCUAAUGCAAACGCAACCUGAAUCGUUCUGCUACCGAGAGUGUAACUGGAAUUUCACUGGUGGUUGCCUUGCUACAAUUCCUCAUGUUUCAUCAGAUGGCUCCAUUCUGCUGGCUCAUCCAUGUGGUGCCGAGCUAAGCAAGCUAGCUCUAUCUGAAUACAGGUCAGCUCCUGCGCACUCAGAGAAAGCAUUUCUGCAGAAGCAAUCAAGCCUAGUGCUGAACAACUUGGAUGCAACUAAUGGCACAGUUUUUCAAGUGAGCCUACAAAAUGUUCAAAAAGAAACUUCUUGCUGUGUGCGAUUAAGGAACCAUUGUCAGUAUAUUCAUUUGUUUGACACACUGAACAAGGACCCAGUGGUGCUCUCGGAAUUUAUGUAUGAUGACACCCUUUGUUAUACGACACCAAGCAACCACAUUUUUGGAGAGCUUCUUGCAGUUACUGAGGGUGGAAAUAUUCUGUUGCAGCAGUGUGAUCGAAUCGAACCGUCGUGGAGAGCCACUGUGUCUCAUGAGCAUCCAUCCAGCAAUCAGUGGUGGUGCACCAGUUUUGGAAGCCAUCCUCGGCAUGUCUGCUACAUGGAUCGCUCUGGACUGUACAGCCUUGAUGCAAGAAAACCGGGUUCUCGCAAGCACACAUUUUGCACCAUACAGCACGAAGCCUUCCUAAAAGAGGAGUUUGUGAUGUUCAAGCCAAACCCUUUCAACUGCCAUCAGUUAUACCUGGCAAGCUCAAAGUUGCUGUCAGUGUGGGAUGAGCGUCACGCUCGACAGCCAAUGCUUACUUGGAACCACUGCCUGCAACAUUCGCCAACAUUUCUAGAGUUCACACCUUUCCAAGACCUUGAUGACGGAAGCUAUCGCAACCUCUACGUCACAUUGGGGUCACAGAGAUCACGGCAGGUUACGAUCUUUCACAUUCGUCAGGAUUCGCUGACCAUUCAGCCACUUUCCUUAGUACCCCCAUGGCACUUGUCCCGGCCAAGUGAUAUUGCUAAGCACCUGGAGCAUCAGGGACGUUCCAUGGAUGAGCGUGUUCUUAUGCGUGUGAAUGCCCCACUCAUAGGAGGCUGCAUGGUCGAGUGCGCAAGUGGCACCUUCUCAGCGCUGCAACUGACAUCGUACGGAGACAUCUUCCACCAGGACUUCGUGUGGAAUGCCAAUGAGCCCCUGUGUGUUGGUAACUGGAACUUCAGUGCUGGCUGCAAGCUGCUGCCAGUUCCAGAAGUAGAGCAGAGAGUAAAGUGGUGGACUGACCUUGUCAUUGCUUCUGACCCAGUAAACGAGGACACUUCAGAGAAGCACCCGCUUCUUGUCAGUCAUUUCAUUCACUAUCGAGGAGUUGCAUCAGACAAUGACAGUCCACUGACACAGCACAACAGGGCAAACCUUACCAACCUUCAGGAUAUGAUCAUUCGAGCCAUGAAUGAGAACAAAGUACUGUCCUCAAAAGAGUGGAAGCAAGCCACAACAGCAAACAGCACACAUUUGAGGCAAGAUGACAGUAAUGUGGAUGGCAUUUUAACCACAUUGGAAGCAGUCCACCUAGGUACAUGGGAUCGAACUGCAAGACGCUACCUGGAACACUGGACAGGAACAGCUGGAUGUCCACCAAGCACUGGAGAAGGAGAUGAAGAUGAAUACACUUCCAUUAUGGACAGCUCACAGGACUGGACAAAAGAACAGCAGCAGCAAGAGCUACAGUCAGAGACAUGGCAGAGCAUACCUCUUAAUGAGGACCCAAUUUUGGCCCUGACAUCCAGGGCUGUGAAUUUUCCAGCAGAUCUGCCAUCACAGAACUCUGAGCCUGAAUGUUAUGACCCAAGUCAACCUCUCUUCGAUGAAAAUGACUUGGCUGGCUUGACGCAGGUGUCUGUGACAGAGGAGCCUGAUAGGUCCAGGCAGUGGAGGUUGCCAUUAAAGAAAAAGAAAAUCAGCAUAGAUGGAUUUUGAGGAAGCCCGAAGCUGCAUAUUCACCUCUUCCAUCAGCAGACCUUGGAAGACUCCAAGGGAGUGGAGAUAGGCUAGGAGCUAGGCCAGUGCAGUUUCAUUCCUGAGCUGUUGCAUCUCUCGAGACAGUUUAGUCUUGAUACAUAUUAACAGUUGCCACUAAAUUAAACAACUUUUCCACGUCAUAGGGACAAACAGGACUUAAUGCUGGUUACGGCUAUUGGUGCUUGACACAAUGUCUGGCUUUGUUUACCCUUCGCAGGAGUUUUGCAGGAAGCACACCAAUGCCUUAUGCCAUGUUUGUUCUUCAUUCUUCACACAUCAUCAUAAUUCACUGUCAAUAAACAUUGUCAUACCGAGAGCUA